CCGGCCUAUAAUCCCGGCUCUAACGCGGCUCGGCGCGCAGAGAGCCGGACCGUGAAGAAGGAAAGCAGGGUAAAGCAAGAACCCUCGGCUUCGGCUGCUGCGAGCUCGCGCGUACCUGGGAAGAUGAAGAGCUCCGGGAUGAUAGGGUCGUCGUCGGCGACGCCGUCGUCGGCGACGGCGUGGGCGUCGACGACCUCGGUGUCGUCGUCGGGGAAGAGGAUACAGCGGGAGAUGCUGGAGCUGAACCUGGACCCGCCUCCCUAUUGCUCCGCCGGCCCCAUGGGCGACAACCUCUACCACUGGGUCUCCACCAUCAUGGGCCCUCCAGGUACACCGUAUGGAGGCGGGAUAUUUUUCCUCGACAUAACUUUUCCGAGUGAUUAUCCAUUCAAUCCUCCAAAGGUCACAUUCAAGACUCGAAUUUACCAUUGCAAUGUUGAUUCGUCCGGCAAUCUUGGAUUGGACAUCUUGAAGGACGGUUGGAGCCCGGCACUUACGAUUUCUAAAGUUCUUUUUGCCAUUCGAUCAAUCUUCACAAAUCCCGAUCCGCAUAAUCUACUGGUUCCUGGCAUUGCCCACCUGUACACAGUGGACCGCCCUAAACAUGAUCAACUGGCUGCUGAAUGGACACUGCGAUUCGCAAAGUGAUGAAAUUCAUUAGAUGGAAAGAGCAGACUACCUUGGUGUGGAACUCUUACCACAGAAGAUGACAGGGUUGGCAAUAUGGCACGACCUAAAAAACCAACUUGAUUUUGAGACUUGUAGAGAUGAAUAUGAUGCAUGCCUCCUGCUCCAGCAUCACGCCUUUUUCAGGUGGAUUCGCGUACAGUGGCAACAUGUAAAAUGAGCUUGUUUACUUUAGUUUUGGUGAACAGAUGUUACCGGUGAGUUAGCCUUCGGCAAAUGCGGCGUUAAAAUCUCAGCUGAAUGAUCUCUGUGAAUGGAAAAAUAGCCGGUGGAUGAUGAUGGAAAAGAAUCGAUCGUAAGCAAAUAGAGCUGUUACUUUAUUACUUUAUGUGCGUGGCAAUCAACUUGGCAAUUGUACCUCUCCAUGUUCAUUGGUCUUCUCUUUUCGGGCUUUACCUUAUGUACUCUGCUCUGGUAUCAAAUAUAAUCGGGGCAGGAAUUGAAGAGGUAUUGUAUGGCUGUUGAAAGUA